AUGGAAUAUGACACCAGAGAGAAGAUUGAGCCGUUGGGAACCAUUGAUCCCGAGAUUGAUGCGUUCAUCAAAGCCCACCCAAUGCCUUCGUUUGGCGGGACCCAGGAUGUGAUGCGAGAGAUGAUGGAGGCGGCAAAGACUGCCCGGAAAGACUCGGACAUCGAAUACUCAAUCAAAAUCACCAUGAGAGAUGGCUAUCAGUCUGAGACUCGCAUCCACAAGCCCCCCUCCCCAGACGGGAAGCACCCGGUUCUCGUUUUCGUCUACGGGGGUGGCUUCAUCAUGGGAGACUGCACUCAACUGAGCCCCUACGCGCGCAUUGCUGCCAAGCUGUUCAACGCCGUCGUCGUCAACAUAUCGUAUCGCCUGGCGCCAGCCCAUAAGUUCCCGACGGCGCCCAACGAUGUCUGGGACAGCCUCAAGUGGAUUGCAGCAAACGCGCAUACCUUCGGCGGCGACCCGGCUAUGGGCUUUAUCCUGGGAGGAGCAUCUGCUGGCGGUAAUCUGGCCGCAGUCACAGCUCAAAAGUCCCUCGAUGAAGGGCUCAGCCCACCCCUCACAGGAGUUUGGCUCUCAAUCCCCUACAUACUAGAGGAAGAAAUCGUACCUGCCAAGUACAAGGACGUUUGGUUCUCGAGGGAGCAGAACGCGGCAGGACCGGUCAUUGAUAAGGCCAGUAUGGAGUUCAUGGGGCUUGCCUACUCCGCAGACAUGAAAUCGCCUGACCUCUCACCUUUCAAUGCCAAGGAUCCUCACAAAGGGAUGCCACCUGUCUAUUUCCAGGUCUGCGGUACAGACCCGUUGAGAGAUGACGGUCUGGUUUAUGAGAGAGUUUUGAGAGAUCAUGGGGUCAAGACUAGGUUGGACGUUUAUCCCGGAGCUCCUCAUGGUCAUAUCAUGUUUCCUUGCAAGCUGUCCACCAAGUGUCAUUUUGAUACUUUUAACGGCUUAGCUUGGCUGCUGGGAAAGGAAACUCCCAACCAGGAAGUAAUCACGCAAGAACUUGCCGUGAACCCAAUCAUGUCAGUGUAG